GACAAAGCACCGUAUGGGAGUGGUUUCUUAGAAUCGAAUGAAUCCUGCUGAAUGUAAGGUUUUUCAAUUCCUGUAGCCGAACUAUUACUUUGUCAAGUCAAAAGGGUUCAAGGGAACACUAUUAGCGCUUAUUUUGUCAAGAAAUCCCAAAGAGGGUAUACAAAACUCAACCGAAUAACAUCAUAUGCGAUUUUGUGUAACAAAUCACUGACGCUGGAUGGUUUGUGAUUCAUAAGUUGCGUUCCCCAAACAUGUGCUGUGUCUGACGAGGCUGACCCGCGCUACCGAGACCCCCAGGAAGACCAUGCUGUCCCUCCUGCUGCCCAUGCUGCUUGCUGUGCAAGCUCUCGCUGUCCUAGAAGUGCAAGUCCCAGAGCUGCCAGUGGUGGCGCUGUAUGGCAUGGACACCACCCUCAACUGUUCCUUCAGCCACGCCUCUCCCUUCAACCUGUCUGACCUCAGUGUCUUCUGGCAGCUGACGGACACCAAGCGCAGUGUGCACAGCUACUGGGCUAGCCAGGACCAGCUGGUAGACCAGGGAGAGCGCUAUGCCAACCGCACCAGCCUGUACCCCUCCCAGCUGGGCAUGGGCAACACCUCGCUCCUCUUGAGGGGGGUCCGGGUGGCCGACGAGGGUAGCUACACCUGCUUCGUCAGGGUAGAGGCCUACGGUAGUGCAGCCCUACUGCUCCAGGUAGCAGCCCCCUACUCCAAGCCUCUGGUGACCCUGGAGCCGGACUCCAACCUGCGGCCGGGUGACGAGGUGGCGCUGACCUGCGUGGCGUACGGUGGCUACCCUGAGGCUGACGUACUGUGGCAGGAUGGGGGCGGGCACAACCUGACGGACAACGUCACCACCUCCCUGGUGGCCAAUGAGGAGGGUCUGUUCAGCAUGCGCAGUGUCCUGACUGUCACCCUGGAGCCCAAUAGCACUUACAGCUGCAGACUGACCAACCCAUUAUUGGGUGAGGACGGCCACGCCUCCGUCACCAUCACAGGUCAGAACAUGGUGUUUCCCCCGGUGGCUCUGUGGGUGACGGUGGGCCUGGCUGUGUGUCUGCUGGGUCUGCUCAUCGCCCUGGCUGCAGUCUGCCGUAGGAAGAUCAAGGAGAGCUGUGAGGAGGACAGAGCAGCCAAGGAGCUUGAAGAGGCCAAAGAGCUGCAGGAAGAGGAGCAGUCUAAGACAGCCAUGACCCCCCUGAAAAGCUAAAGCCAAUAGAACACAGAAGUGAGGAGGCAGACGGUGAGACAGCGAUGAGUCUGGUAUUUAAUCCCACCACCUAUCCAUCAACGGAGAGACUGGUUCCACUGUCUCUUACCCACACAGUGUCCAGGCCUUACUGAGUUGAUGAUGAGUCCAUCAUACCCAUCCCUACAGGACCACUUCCUCCUGGGUUUCAAAAAGACAUAAACCCAUCAUAUCCUAUUACAGCACUAUGCAUUUCCCUUCCCCUGCUACUCUUUCAGUUAACGAAGACUGCUGCAGUAUAUGAAUACUGAUGUGGAGUCGUAUUAAUUUCUAUGCAAUAUGCUAGAGAGAAACUCCAUUCGAACGCCAUUGGAUGUGACAGGCUCCCUGUGUAUCGAGGUAGGAAGUUUGAGAGACCCAGGAUCUCAUUUCUAAUAGGAAGUGAGCAGCUUAAGAGAUGACCCAGCUGAGGCUGCCAUCGGUGUCUCCGUAGCUGUCUGCCUGCCAGAGAUGGAGUGUAGCUGUGUAGUUCUCCAUUUACUCCUCGACUCACUAAUUAAUGGUUGCCCGUGGAGUAACUUGUACCUGUCAGUGUCUACCGCUCUCGUAUAUUCAAUAACUUGGAGGAAUUGAAAUUGAAUGCCAGCUAAGCUCGAACAAACUGCAAAUGGUGCAUGGGAUACACCCUGGUUCUCACACUGACCUGACAGCAGCCUUAUAUGUAAGGUUUUUAAUGAACAUGGACUCUUCUCAGCUACUCUUAACUGCCAAGGUGGAAUGUUUUAUGAAUUCAAGAUGGAGGCUGGAAGGGUGGGUGGGUGAUGGUAUAGGUUCUGUUACAGUAUACAGGUACUCGAGUCCUUGUGCCAAGUCCUUGUGCCAAAUGUCCAUGUGCAUAUCAAUGCCAAAGCUGUCCAUAAAACAACCCAGUGCCGAUUCGCAUUAAAGAGACAUGGUGAAAAUGUU